CCCAAAUAGCCCAACUCGUGAUCGCGCCGCCGCCGUGCUCUCCACCGGAGAGAGCGGCGGAGGAGAGCAAGUGGGGAUAGGGGCCGGUCGGGGUUGCGACGGGCGGGAGCGGGAGGAGGCGCACGCUGCCUGAAUGCCGGCGCCGUCGACGACCUCGCCGGUGAUUGGUUCGCGCUCCGGCGAUCGUCGAGGGCCGCCCGGGCAGGCGGAGGAGCGGAGGAGGCAAAGCGAGUGGCCGCGAGACCUCCGCUUCCAUCGCGCGGCUCGCAGUCGCAAACCCUACCAAAUUUGCUCCAGCUAGAAAGGCUAAGAUCAGAACAGAGCAUCUCCGCGCCUCCACAGCACACCCUGGAUUCGCAAUUAUUGGGGGCAACUCCACUAUAAAAAGCGAACCAUCCACAAGAAGUAAGAACACACCAAGAAAGCAAGCUCACAACAAGGACAAGACAGGAACUGAAAGCCCUAGUACUAAGAACAGCAACCACCUCUGAAAGCUUUACAAGUUCGCAGGGGCUUAACUGCGAAUGAACAUCCAGAGGAAGCCAGGAGACUGGAACUGCAAAUCGUGCCAGCAUCUCAACUUCAGCCGCCGGGACUACUGCCAGCGCUGCCAUACCCCACGCCAGGACCUGCCGCUUGGCGAUGGUUAUGUCCCAGGUGGUGUGCUGACCUCCCUGGACAUUCGCCCGGGCGACUGGUACUGCAACUGCGGCUAUCACAACUUUGCUAGCCGAGCAAGCUGCUUCAAAUGUGGCGCCAUUGUGAAGGACCUUCCAGCAGGCCAAGGUGGUGGUGUUGCCAACGGUGACUUUGCCCGUGCCCUCGACAGCAGCGCAGUUCGUGCUGGGUGGAAGGCAGGCGACUGGAUUUGCACAAGGCCUGGUUGCAACGUCCACAACUUUGCAAGUAGGAUUGAGUGCUAUAGGUGCAAUGCACCUAGGGAAGCAGGUAAUGUGAAGUAAGAAAGGACUGACGCGACCAAAGAUCGUGAGACGUGACGAGCUGGCCGAGGAUGAAUAAAGUGACUGCUGUCAGUUGUCACAUUCACAGGCUGCGAUCCAGAAACUAUGGAUGGGACUAUGUAGUAACGUGCUGAUAUAUUAUUGCUAAGUGUUACUACUGCAUGGUUGCAAGGGUGGUAGAAGUACCUUAGCUUCCAAGAUCGUUGUAAUGUGUGAGUUUAAUUUUGGCGUUUUAAGUAAUAAGUCUAGUGAUUGCAGGAUUGUACGGGGUAAUGUACUUGCAUUAUCCAUUAUAAUCUUAAGCAUCCAAUAUAAUUAUGCAAUAAUUCGUGCCUUA